CGUUGCCGAGCUCCCGGAUCCAAGAUGGAGUCUCUGAGUAAAGCGGGGCAAGAGAUGAGUCUGGCGGCCUUAAAGCAGCACGAUCCCUACAUCACCAGCAUUGCCGACGUGACCGGCCAGGUGGCCCUUUAUCGCUUCAGUCCAAAGGCCAACGAAUGGGAGAAGACUGACAUAGAAGGUACCUUAUUUGUAUAUAAAAGGUCUGCUUCACCUUACCAUGGCUUUACGAUUGUAAAUCGAUUGAACAUGCACAACUUGGUUGAGCCCGUAAACAAAGACUUAGAGUUUCAGCUUCAUGAACCUUUUCUUCUCUAUAGAAAUGCCAACUUGUUAAUUUAUAGUAUCUGGUUCUAUGAUAAGAAUGACUGUCAUCGAAUAGCAAAACUCAUGUCUAAGGUGGUACAGGAAGAAACUCAGAGAUCCCAACAACAAUUACAGGAUAGAAAAAACAUCAGCCGAGUUAAUGGUUGUACAGAUAUCCUAGAGUUACUUAGUAAAGCAAAGGUUGAAUAUGAACGGAAUCAGAAGAGUGACUUAAUUUUGAGGACACAAGAAAGUGGAAAUCUUACAAAGACUGAAAAUACAGAGACAUCUGAAUAUGAAUCACCGGUGUUACAAAUCCAAGAUCAUUCAUGUCAGUCCAUCCCUAAACAUCUAACAGUGGAAGAAUUAUUUGGAACUUCAUUACCAAAGGAACACUCCACAGCUCCCAUUUCCAAUCCAGAGAGGAUAGAGAAAACUGAUACCUCAUGCAGAGAACACAAUUUACUUUUACCCUUUUCAUUUGAACAAUCAACAGUGGUCCAUCAGCCUCUGGGGAAGCUGGAUGCUCCAAGCCUCAAAAAUAACUCUUUGACUUUAUUACCACAGGAAUGUGUACCAUCCGUACUAACUUCAUCACCUUCAGUUUUACAACCUGAAGUAAAUAAAGUUUCAAAUUAUAAUGUACAUUUAAGUCCUAUCCUUAAUUCGACCUUGGCAACAGAAGCACCUUGUGGCCCAAUGCUGCAGAGUAUCAAUGCAAACAAUAAUGUAAUGCAAGUUAUGCAGCAGACUGCCAAGCAGAUACCUUCACUUGUGAAUCAACCAUUGUGUGAUAUGAACCAUGGUACACAAAAUGUAAGUUCUGGUCAAAACCAAUUCCUAACAUCAAUGACUUUGUCAAAUACAGGAGAUGCUUCAAAUACAUCACUUCCCAAUGUAGAUCUUCUUCAAAAACUCAGGUUGACACCACAACAUGACCAAAUGCAGCAAUCUCUUAAUAAACCCCCAGUAGCACCAAAUGCUUCUCCUGCUAUUAGCCAGCUGGCAACACCAGAUUGUUUCAAGGAAUCCCACAUCAAGCAACAGGCUUUGACUGGUAAAGUCAUUCAUCCCUAUCAGGUUACACAGCAAAAUAAGGAGCCUGAAACAUUUCCAAAUCCUAAAGUUUUGUCAAAAGCAAGCCAAGUUGCUUCUACACAGUUUGCUACAACUGCAACUACAAUUGCACCUUCUGUCCUCCUUUCACCUAGUGUUUUUGAACAGUCCACUAUGAAAUCCUCUGAAAUUGAAAACAAAGUUGGCUCAUCUUCUCCUCUUACACUUGGUUCAGAUGUUCAGACAUUACCUCCAACAGUACUCAGUAGAUCUCAGCUUCAACAAACUUUGAUACAUCUAAUAAAGAAUGAUGCACAUUUUCUUAGUACUCUACAUGAAGUCUAUUUACAAGUCUUGACCAAGGAUACUGAUAGCAUCAAGCUAUAACUGCAGCGAAUUGAAUUCUACUGACCACCUAUCUGCUUCAGAAACAUUAUGCCUCUUCUGUACAACUCUUACAUUUUAAAGACUUUUUUUGAGUUCUUGAAGUCUUUUUAAGCCUCCAAGAAAUACUGUUCCUUAGAAAUAUUGUAAAAAUAAUGUUCUAAGAAGUGGUGUAGGUUUCACUGUGACCAGUCACCAGCAGGAUUUUAUUUCUGUAUGGGGAACAUGGUCUUAUGUUUAACAGCACAUUUUUCUUAUUGUUUUAAGCAAUGUCAAAUAUUUGGUCUAAUUCUUCUUUACCAUACACACCCUGAAUGAUCAGGGCGAGUAGAUGAAGAAUAGCAACAGUUGUGAAACCAGCUUUGAAUUUAAGGAGCCAUGGAAGAGCUUAAGAGGAUAAUUCUAAGGCUUUGUGAAGAAAUGGACAUGCAGUAUAACAUUUCUGCUUUUAGCCUUAAUAUAACAACUGGAUGACCUCUGGGUCUUAUCAACCACAAAUUGGCUCCUCUAUAUGCAGAAUACAUAUUCAGUUUUACUAGCGUAUAUGAAAAAACUAAUCAUCAAGUUUCCCUUGAACAAUACAUUCAGUGUAUUUUGUCAGAGAGAUAUAUUUUUUAAAAGAACAUUUUUAAAAAUUAUUUCAGUAGAAUUUCAUUUUUUUUCCCCCUAUCCAGGUCAAAUGCCAAUUUCGGUAUAGAUUUUCCUGUAGAAAGGAUGAAGUGUUUCUAGAGAAGCUGUUGUUCAGUUAUUGUUUGGUAUAGAAUUAAGAACUGUCCCUCAACUUGCAUUAUAUACUGCUGUAAAGAUCAAACUUCUUCCCAAAAUAAGUCAGAAUCUGAUCUCUGUUUUAUAUGCUGCUAUUGGUCUCUUUGUGAUUUCUAUUUAUUUCAUUCUGGCAUGUUAUAGUAGCUAGCAAUACUUCAGUGAUAACAUAUACUCAAUUUACUCAAGCAAUAGCAAUGUAAAGGACAACAUUUUUAAAAUUAUGUCUUUGUUUUAUAUUGUGAAUAGUAAUUUUGUAAUCAGUUUAGCCGUUCAAGUUGCACUGCUUAUUUUUCAAAGCAUGGUUGAAAUGGAGGAAGAGCCUAGUCUUUGCUCUCUAUGUAACAGUAUAUUUCUGUGUAAGCCAUUAAAAAAGGUAGGGCUGGCAAAAAAGUAUAACCUACGAUAGAUGCCCCAUUGUUUUAAGAGAAUCUGUGACGAAGUUCUGGAUUAAAUCUUACUGGUCACUCUCAAAGUUUAAAUGUGAUAAUGAAGAUGGCAUCAUUAUCCAAUUGAUAUUUCUAAUUCAUCAAUGAAGUUUUGAUUAUUGUGACUCCAUCACAAAUCAUUGUUUUUGAUAUAAACAGUGUUGAUUUUUUUUUUAACCAAUCAAUAUGUAUACAUAGACUUUGAGUGAUUUUAGGUGGAAGUUUUUAUGUUUAGCAAACUGCCUUCUGAAAGAACCUCUUCAGCCUUUGAAAGUGUUUCUAAUAACAUAGUAUUUUAUAUCUGUUAUAUGUACAAAAUUCAGGGAAAUAUGUGAGUAGUGACACACAUAUUUGACAGGCUUUAAUAGUGAAACUCAAAAGCAUCUUUUCAGGCUUCGUAGACUUUUAUAGAAAACCAGAGUGCUCUCUGCUUGUACACUGGAUCUGUUGUGGCACACCCAUGUAUAUAUACCAACAAAAGGUUUGCUUUAGUGCAGCAUUCUUCCAUAUAUAUUUACAUGAUUAUAUUAUCAGGCUAUUGAAACUGAAUUUUGUUACCAUGUUUUGUUUAUGGACAACAAAGACAUACACAGUCAUGAAUUAUUGCAAAAAAAAAAAAAUCCUCAGCCAUAAAUGUGAGAUUGACAGUGAUGAAGCAUAUGAAGUAUGAUAACAGUGAAUGCAGGUAUUAUAUUAAAGAUAUAUAGAAAAAGGUUCCCUGACAUUGAAUGUACAUUAAGUUCCUCUGUCUUCAGGAAUUAAUGAGAAAGGGAAUAUUGCAUUAAACAUCCAGGUAUGUUUGUUCCAAUACACUUUUUACUCUUUUACUAUUUUGUAUUGUAAAAACAGUAUGAAAGUUAGUACCUGGCAGAUUAGAAUUCUCAAUCUUUAGGAAGUAUAUAAGCAUUGCAAAAUAAUUCUGUUUCCAAAGAGAAUGUCCUUAAUUAGAUGGUAGAACGAAAGCUUAGUGAUUUUUGACACUUUUGCAUUGAUGCUGAAUCCUACGCACAUCAGUGUUGCAUUGUAAUAUGUAGCAGGCCCAAGCUGGGAGAACGGGGCGUACCAUGUAAUACAAAGCACUGUUAGCAGCAUUCAUUGUUAUCACACUAGUGCUCUUAUUGCUUGUGGUCAUGUGACAAAAAAUGAAACACUUUUUAAGAAUUGCUUUGACAAACUCAACUGCAGAGUAAAAUCACAAAUGUUUACAAAAUGUGGAAUCACUGGACAGCUUUAGCCUGAUUACCUAAAUUUUUAGUACAGGUUUCACUUUAUAACCUCUCUAAUUGUUCUCUGCAUGCAUCAGUAACGAAUGCUUAAAUAACCAAUUUAGGUUAUUAAUUUUAAUUUUUCUCCUGGCAAAGUAUCUCUUGAAAGUAGCUCAUAUUUUAGACUAUAUUCCAAAAUGAAUAUACAUUAUCUAAGCAUGUAUUUUUCCACUGCCUAUAUGCAACUUCUAAAAAAGUUUAAUAUUUAUCUAAAGUGGCUUUCAAAUAUGCAGCUUAUUGAAGACCUGAUCGUUGUUUUGUAGGUAAAGAUAUUGUCUUUGAAUUGUGCCUAAUAACUAUACAUUUGUGACACACUUUACAGCAUCUAAAUAUUCUGCAAAGGCCUAAGGCACAAUGUGACAUAGAAAAGCAGUUUGUAUUUUCAGUCUUGAAAUAGAACUUAUAUUUCAAACUGAUUAAAUUUUAAUUUUUUCCUA